AGGAAGAGGGGCUUUUCAGACGACCGAGUGGAAGAAGAAAAGAGAUCGGAUCCCUUGAGGGAACAAUCGGGAAGUUUCCCAUCCAGGCAGGCACCAUGGCCGCCCUAGACCAGAUGGACUUUUUAAUGCACCAGCCCGACACGGCAGGCUCGACUCCAGGGUCAAACUUCCACGGGCUGCCGCAGCAUCAGGGAUGCCCGUACUUCCGAAAUCAGCAACAACACCACGGGUCAAGCCUUCCUCCUCCACACUUUGACCCGGGAUUCCACCCUAUGGCGCAUCAGCUGCCGCACUUAUCGCAGCUGUCACACACGGGGCACCCCUCCUCUGGUGGCCCGGGCUCUCAGAACCGACCUGGGGCGUUUCCCUCAGCAGUGCCGGGCGGAAACCACGGGCAGCAGCAGCACCAACAGCAGCCGCACCAGCAGCACCAGCAGCAAACCCAUCCCCAAACACAACCUCAGUCCCAACCUCCAUCUCAACCACAACAGCAACUCCCACCUAUUCAGCCACCUACACUCCCGUAUCCGCAACCCUAUUCACACCCGCAUUCCUCACAUCACUCCUCCCACUACGAUCCAGUGCAUGCGGCCAACGCUGCCUGGUUCCAGAAUCAAAAUCAGGGAAAUCCGUGGCUGGUUCAUACCUUCCACCCGCCCGGGCAUUCGCACUCAAACUCGAACUCGAACUCGAACUCGAACUCGCACCACGCGAACCACCACACACACCACGCCCAACAUAGCCACCACACGCCAACCACGCAAUUCCCGCAUUCUCGCCCGUCAGCCACUGAUUCACAUUUUGGCAGUCCGGGGAGCGGGCCUAGCGUUGUGCCACCUCUCCAUCAGUUUCCUUCCCAUUACGAACCCUAUCCACCACCCUUCCACUACCCGGGAUACCAACGCCCUGCAACCCACCAGCGCUCCUCGAUAUCCCUCCCCACCCCUCCGCAACUCUCCAACGAUCAGGCGAACAGGCAGGACCACGCGGACGAAAACCACCCGAGUCAGCACAGCCAAACCCCAGAUUCCCACUCUCCGCCCGUCGCUAUGAGUGCCGAUCGAGGUGCGCCUCCUCCAGACAGGCGCGGCUUCACCCUGCCGGCUCUGAACCCGAACUCAACUCAGCCAUCAUCCGGCUCGCAACCAAAUCCCCAGGCCGCAUCGAGCUCCCGAGAGCCGAGCCCGCCUGACGCGGCCACUCCAGCUGAACUCCCUGCUCUUAUCCGUCACCACAAUAGCUUGACGUCAUCCAACCGCGAGACUCCGGACACCCAAGCUGCCGCCACCCCAACUCCCCAGCUCCCUCUGCCGUCCGACUAUCCAACGAUGGACUACAACAACCGCGGUGAGGGCCACAUGCGGAGCACUCACUCGAGCCUUGCUCCCGGCCGCGGCCAGUCCGCAAUACCCCCGAAUCCCAGUUUAGCCUCCAUUACCGCCCGCCGCCGGCAGGCCAUUGCACGCCGAAUGCGGCCCACGGAUCACGAUAGCGACGAGGAUCUCGGUUCUUCGGCGGACGAGGAAGAGCAGAUGUUGCGCUACAUGGACGAGUUCGGUGGCAACCAGGCCCAUUUCCGCUCUCUCGUGGCCGAGGACCACAUCCGCGCCACCCAACUCCUGCGGGGCCAGUUGUCCAACAAACGAGUGGCAUCUAGAAAGGCCCUCUCCUCGCUGCAGAGCGUGAACCUGGAUAGCCUUUCCCCGACGGAGCGAACAUGCGUCAUCUGCUACAAUGAUUUCGGUCAAACCAGUCCAGAAGGCGUCAUUGAAGCACCCCUGCGUUUACCGAAGUGCCAGCAUGUUUUCGGCGACCACUGCAUCAAGAAAUGGUUCGAAGAGGCGGAUAGCUGCCCCUAUUGCCGCGAUAAGGUACCUUCGGAGCUUGCGCCUGUCCCCGGCGCCCGGGCGUUUCAUAACCUGAUUCGCAUGCGCAACCAUAUUCCACAGGGAAACGCGUCUUCGGCGGCGGCAGCAGCAGCAGCUGACGAAUCGAUUUUCCGCAUCUUGACACAACACGAGCACCAAGACCCAGCCGUUAUGGACGCCGCCAUGGACUUCACAAGGGCCCGUGUCCGGGCUCGGCAGGAGGGGGCAGGCUCGGACAACAUUGCCCCUCGGCCCUCGCAACGGAGGUCCCCCCCUUCAGAGGCCGAGAACCGGAGGAGAACGCGGGUUCGGCAUAGUAGCUUUCAUCCAUCUCACCCGUCCGGCAUGUUCAUUGGCGGCCCGCUUAGGACAUCGGCGUCUGGAUACCAGAGCUCGACUCGUGAACGUGUAAUGGCCCCCAGCAAUUCACCUUGGCUUGGUUUGCAAACAGAAGACCCGAAUUGGUUGCUGACACGGUACAUUGGGAGACAGUCGUCGAUGCCGGGUGGCCAGCGCAUGUUCUACAACCCCGUCGACCCGGGGCAUCCAUCCAACGCCGCUCCUCAGCCCGACCAGACUAUGCCGAGUUUGACCCCGAGUUCCCCCAACAUCCCGACAGGCAACGCAGCGCACUUGCAUAUGCUCUCGGGAAAUAACCAUGGGUACUACCCAAACAUGGCCUUUGGUAACGCCCUGCCGCCCUCGUUCUCGCAUCAACUCCCGCCACUCAGCACGCCGAACUUCGAAAAUGCGGCGGGCAGCAGCAACGGGGCUCCCAGCACCGGCGGUGCGGAGAGCCAGAUGCAGUAGCACGGCAACUGGAGCUUACCGCGAGGGUUUGCGCGGGCGCAAAGGGUGGCGUCGCCAUUGCCCAGACCUCGGGAUCGGGUGUGGGCCCCGGUAGCGCGAUGGGUUCAGCAAGCGCAUAUGUGGAAUCGUGGAGGUGGCAACAACCCGUUACAGCAACACCACCGACCCCCGGCCCCGAGAACCCCUGGCGGGGAUUCCUCCACAUCGCAAACCCCAGGGAUGAGAUUGGACAGCAGCGUGGAACAGGAGUAGGACGAACUCUCCGCAGCGCUAUCCUCGACUGUGUUCCGAACCCCGAGUCCCUCGCAAGC